GCCAGAACCGCUGGAGAACGCGGCCCGUCACAUGAACGGUGCUUGGCUGGCGGGCACUCGGAUGUACGCGGCGGCCAGCUUUACUACCACCAGCCGGCCAAUCCUGACGUCCACCGAGCUGCACGUUACCAAUUUCAGCGAAUGGAUCGACGAGGAAGUACUACACGAGCUUUUCGGUCGGAUAGGCCGGGUGAUGCAAAUUGUAAUGGGCCGGAGCGUGUACGGGUACCGUGAGGCGUAUGUGUCGUUUAGGUCGGCCAUGGACACGGAGGAGGCACACUUGCAGCUCAACGGAUGGGAUAUGGGCGAUGGGUUUGCGCUCCGCGUGCGACAUUCUUACACCGUGCACGGUGGAGCACCAGUUUCGCCGGCCGAGUUCCAGCGCCUGCAGACAAACCGAUUCCUCGGUGGGUACGUGCGCGUGUCCGGCUUGGGGCAGUCGUUCGGAGCGGUGCGGCUGCGCGAACUGUUUGGGACGUAUGGCCUCCUGAGGGAUGUGUCCGUGCUGCGGGAUCAGCACCGAGAGCCGCUCGGUUGGGCGAUAUUGCGCUACCAGAGCGAUAAACAGGCCCUUUUCGUCUCCCGCAUUAUGGACAACACCGUGGUGGACGAUUUCCGUCUCAAGGUCGUGAAGCUGUCCAACCAACUAUUGCCGUUCACUGACGCUGUUCCGAUCGACUUGAGCACAGCAUUUAUUCCGGCGGCCUCAUCGGCUGCCACAUCCCUCUUCCCAAGAGCCUGGUUGGGUGUGUAAUGUCUUCCACGUGCUUUCGUCCAGGCGCUGUUGGAUUCCAUAUCGCUCAUUCUAAAGCUUCGUUCAUCAGCGAACCAUGCAUCCUGGCAGAGUGAAGUGGAUCCCACGCUGAAGAAUAGUGAUCGAGUGCAAGUAAAACGUGCAAUUGCAAGUUUUUUUUAUCUUUGUAUAUAGAUUCAAGGUCCACGUUUAGUUUCACUUGAGCAAGGAGUGGAGCUCAGUGCAUUAGAAGAAGGUUGUUUUUUACUGAUAUGAAUGAAUUUUGAAUAAAUGACCAUUGUACUUACUGCGAAUCGCAUACCAUUUCCAUUAUCAGUCUA